AUGAAUGACUAUAAUGCGCAGUACAAGGUCCCGCCGAUGGCCGCUUCGUACCUUCGUGCACAAAAUAUCCCCACGUUCCCAUUGUCUUCUCCUAUAAAAGAAGAGAUAUACACCCCUUUCGAAUCACCCGACAGUUCGCAAUUGGCAGCGGCAGCACCAGCACAGGACAAUGAAAACCCCCUUUCCUGGUCCGAGGACUAUUUUACUCUGGGGCAAACUCGUUUUGAAGCCGGCAAUGCGAAACGGUUUGAUGGCCAAACGGAGGAUAACGAGAAGCUUCUUGGCGAAAACUCUCAAGCUCCCCGCCCCAGCCGUUGGGAUUCCAUUAAACGUCCCGGUCGAACUAUCAUGAAACGAAACCAUGGGGAGGCUGCAACGAACAAGAAAACGCGCCCUGGGCUCAACCUCGUCACGAACUUUUCCAAUGAUACGAAAUAUAGACGGGAUGCGGUGUCGAAGCGUCGGCAGUCGGCUGGUGGGAGAGGAUAUAUUGACCUGAAUGACCUGAGGUUUCUCUCGAAGGGGAAAGAAACUACUGCUAGGCCAGCACAUGCGAACAGACUGCUGCCGGAACGGAGACUGUCGUCAACAAGGGGUUAUGGGGAGAUCAAAGACGAUGUCGAAGAUACCUCACAGGGCGUGCAGGCCGCUUCCUUUGUUAAGCAAAUGAAGAAAUCUCCCCUGGAUGCCUUGCGGGUUUCUCCUAGCAAAACGCAGGAUUUAUCGCCCUCCGACCUCCCUAUUAUGAUUGGACUGAGCGUUCCAUACCGCGACGCCGCUAGCCCGGGAAAAACAAAAAAGCUCGCGGGUGACAGCACUCCGGCUCAGAACAAUGUUGGGACUCCAAACAGCCAAAGAAGCACAAAUACUACGCCGAUUACCCCGACCAUCAUCAUCACGCCCGCGAGAGAGGAUAAUCCUUGGGAUACCUUUAGCAGUGGAAGCCCGGAAGCACGCCGGACACGACCUCCGUCGAGCGUCUAUUCUCAACCGACGCCACGGGUGAAAGAUGGUCGCCCACCGUCGAUAAUUCCACCGGUCCCUGCCAUUCCUGCCUCACAUUCCUUCACCAAACCCGCUGAGGCUCGUGAGGUAUUUGACGACCAAGUUUCAACCCCUACGCGAAGAAAUCGUGCUUUUUCUGUGGGGACAGUUUUCGAAGAUGACUCGCCGGACUGUCGACGGACGGGUCGUCCGCGAUCCUUGUCGGAUGAAAGUAAACUGCAAGCGGGGAUACCUAGCAGAUACAGCAUGGACACCAUCGCUACAAGACCACGGUCGCAAGGGUGGUGGAACUUGUUGCUCUCCCCGCUCCUGUCAAGAUCAAACACCAUCGCCAGUAAAAUGAGUUUAAGGUCACCCCAAGAUGAAACACUGCCGGCUAUUCCCCCGUUUCCGUUUGCUGUUUCACAGCAGCUGCAAGUUCACGUUAAUAACAACAAUAAUAAUAAUAAGUACGGGGAGAAACAGUUCGACGAGGAAGUUUCUUUCUUUUCACCAGAUACCCCGUAUAGCGGUGAGGAGAAAGAGAGCGUUUGGGAAUCUGCCGCAGGCACAGUUGGCAAACCAAGUGGUGAAUGUGAAGGAUCCAGCUCUGAUGAUGAUGAGUGGGACGAUGAUGAUUGCUCACAGCCGUCUUCACGGAAAUCGAGGAAUAAGUCUUCUCACAUUUCCACAGUUUCUGCACAGACCAUUCCCUUCAUGAUCUCCAGCCCUACUUCCGCUGGCUAUACCCAGGAACAAUUUCACCAGAGUCUACACAACUACUUUAUUCCCACAAAACAAAGUCCACCACCACCAUUGCCGUCUACGAGUCAUAUUACUGGAUUUUCUGGCAACAGCAACGUCGCCGCUUUUCCACCUGUGCCUGGAGAGAACGUUCAAAUCCAGAAUCAAAAUCCCAACAACCCGUUUUUCCAACGAUUCGUAGAGAGCAUACGGAGAGGAGCGGAGCCAAGGGAACGCUCGAAUUCUGAUUCAACUGUGAUCGAAGACGAACCGGAUGUUUCCCCCAACGUUCGCCAAGCUACGGUAACUCCCUUGCUCAGAGCUGCGCCAAUAGGGCCUUUCCAGACUGGCCCAACGGGACCUCUGCCACCGAUCCCUCGACGGGUGUCCCCCGCACACAAGGUCUCAGAAAACUCACCAAGUAUAAGCGUCGGAACGUCAAGCAACCAACCUCCGCCUUACUCUCCACCUAACAAGGUCACAAAGGUUCGGCGGUAUAGAGCUAUCUUUCCUUCCGAUUUGCACCCGCAGCCUCAAUCACCAGGACCUCUAUCCCCCGAAGGACAGACACAAAUGGCGUCGAGAGGUGGAAUACUCCUGUCCAGUAUGCGGCAAGCGGAGGCCCCGGAGGCCCCGCAGGCCCCGCAGGCCCCAGCAGCAACGUACCACGCCAGGAAUGAUCCUCUACCGCGAGGUGUUUUACCGCCCCGUCUGCCAAACAACCCUGUGCACCUCUCGGACAUCGAGAGACCCGGGGAUGUACGAGUACAGAACGAAUCUAGGCGCCAGAGGUUAGAACGCGAGGACCGAAUGGCUAGGAAGGUCGGCGGCCUGUGGCGCGGCAGGGGCUGUUUGAGUAACAGAGGCUGCUUUGGUAGAUCUGGUCGAGAAGGCAGAAAGCGACGCCGGUGGUACAUGUGCAUUGCAGUUGUUUUAAUCACCAUCAUUAUUGUCAGUGUUGUGCUCGCUAUCACUCUCACGAGAAAGCGUGAUGAUGCACCCGAGUCACGCUGGUUGAACCUGACGGGCUAUCCACCCAUGCCAACUGGGGUUUCAACCAUUGCGGGCCCGAAUGCAGCCGUCGCCAACUCCGGGUGCAUACGCCCAACAUCGAUGUGGAGCUGUGCGUUGCCAAAGGAAAACCAGGAUGCAAACAAGCCCUUUGACCCGGACCAACCGAACUUCAGGAUCCAGAUCAAUUUCCAGAACGGCACCUUUUCUCAUAGCACAGUCCCUUUAAAUAGGAAACGAUCGACCUCCACAUUCCCGGAUAAUUUGGGCUCCAGCCGUCGUCGAUCGCUGCAGGGACGGAGCGGCGGAUUGUCUCCGAUCCCUGCCCCACCGGGACUUGAAGAACAGGCAUUCCUGGGAAACACGUCUGAUGGAGUAACUGCACCAUUUGCGGGGGAAGAUACACCGUUUUUCGCAACCUUCCUCUCUCCAGAGCCGAUAAAAAUAUCUACCCGCCAACGGCGCGCAGACACUCCUCCACCACACGGCACUGACGCUGACGCCGAUGACCUACGGGACGCCAUCCCCGACCCAGCGCACAACCCCGACGGGACUGCCGCACCCGCAAACCUCCUCCCGCUCCCUAUCGCCCAGCCGAUCCGUCUGUAUGACCGCGGUCUCCCUACCGAACACUACGGCUUCUACACCUACUUCGACCGCUCCAUCUUCCUCAAAGCCGACAGGCCUCUGACCAACGACUCCGUUCUAGCCGUAGCGCCUGACGACCAAAACGGCGGCUCAACGCGCUCCGCCGCUCGCACCCGCUGCACCUGGACGCAGACCCGGUUCCUCGUACAGAUCUGGACGCAGCCUUCGCAGAAUAGCAUGGGCCUGAUCCCGCUGCAGCCAUCGCUAACCCCGACGCCGGGCUCUUCCUCUCCUCCCGCGCCCGAGUCCUCCACGGCAGUACCCUUCCCCACCGCCGCGACAGACUUCACGCGCCCGGGCUCCUUCCCCUACCCCAUCACCAUCGUCUUGGACAGACACGGCGGCGAUCCAAAGUCCAAGAUGGUCUACUGCUACCAGCUCGAUUUGGAGCAACGUGUUCCUUAUGUAUUUAACUAUGUCAUUUCCCCAUUCGAGCGUUGA